CACUUCCACUCAGUCGACGCGCACCGCUCUAAUUGUGCGCUCGAUACUCGUUACAACUAGUAAAAAUAUAAAUACAAACAUGAUUACACUACGUGUUUCGUGUUUCGUGCUACUACUAACUGUGGCAGUUUCAUCGGAAGAAUUACAGAAACUUCAUCCGCUUUCCGAUUCUUUUAUUAAUGUUAUUAAUUCGAAACAAACCUCAUGGAAAGCUGGUAGGAAUUUUCCUACUUCGAUGCCAUUAUCCAUAAUAAAGAAACAAAUGGGUGCGCUUGAAGACACAUUCAUUGAGAAGUUAGAAAAUGUGCAAUAUGACGCAGAUUUCAUAGCUGAUCUGCCCGAAAACUUCGACCCCAGAGACAAAUGGCCAAAUUGUCCAACGUUAAACGAAAUAAGAGAUCAAGGUUCUUGUGGCAGUUGCUGGGCAUUUGGAGCAGUGGAAGCAAUGACUGAUCGGUACUGUAUUUAUUCUAAUGGUACAAAGCAUUUUCACUUCUCCGCAGAAGAUUUACUUAGCUGCUGUCCUAUUUGUGGUCUCGGUUGUAACGGAGGUAUACCGACAUUAGCUUGGGAGUAUUGGAAACAUUUUGGUAUCGUUUCCGGAGGAAACUAUAACUCCUCUCAAGGUUGCAGACCAUACGAAAUAGCACCUUGCGAGCAUCACGUUCCAGGUAAUAGAAUGCCCUGCAGCGGUGACACAAAGACUCCCAAAUGUUACAGAACAUGUGAAAAUGGUUAUGCCACACCUUACAAAAAAGAUAAAAAAUACGGAAAACAUGUAUAUUCCAUUAGAGGUGGUGAGGACCAUAUUAGAGCUGAAAUAUUUAAAAAUGGACCAGUGGAGGGUGCAUUCACCGUGUACGCAGAUUUACUCUCAUAUAAAAGUGGUGUAUACAAGCAUACAAUAGGUGAUGCUCUCGGUGGCCACGCGAUUAAAAUUAUGGGCUGGGGAGUCGAAAAUGGAAACAAAUAUUGGCUAAUUGCAAACUCUUGGAACUCUGAUUGGGGAGAUAAUGGUUUCUUCAAAAUCCUACGUGGCGAAGACCAGUGCGGCAUUGAGAGUUCAAUCAUUGCUGGUGAACCAUUAUUUGAGUAAUAGACAUAAAAGAAAAAUAUAUCAUUUUAUUUGACAAUAUUCAAUUUGAAUUUAUUUCGAUAAACUGUUUUGAAAUUUCAUAACAAGUAGCUUUUUAAAUGUUACAGAUUAGUGCCAUAACUUUUUACUUAUGUUAGUGCAUAUUUUUUUUCAAUAUAACACCAUAAUUCUAGAAAAAAGCUACAACAUUAUUUCCAUCUUAUCUGUGCGGUGAAUAAAUAUUAUUGAAUUAUGAUGUAUUUUUAAAUUAAUAUUAAAUAUAAUUAUAUUAUGUUA